CCUUGUAUAAUGAUGAUGAAACGGGCUCUAAAUGUUAUUAAAGCCCUCGGAAAAACGUCAGGUAACUUCAGGUAGUCAGUUGAGGGUGAAGAAUCCCACUUGUCUCCAUGAGUAAUUUUCCUGAACAGGGUUUAAUUUCUUGACAUACAGGCUUCAAGAUACUGACACUGCUGCAGAAAACGACUGAACCUGCACUAAAACAAGUGGAACUUUCUCACCCCCACCGGCAGAUUGUUUUCCCUUUAGAAAAACGAGAUAUUAAGGCUGAAUAGGACACACAAUGACCCAUUAAUUGCAGCACACAUGUUUUCUCAGCGUGUCUCUGUAACUAAGCCGCCCGGUCUUGUGUGAUCUAUGAAGCAGGUACUUGAGGAGACCUAUUGGCAGGUGCUGUGGUCCAAUCAGCUCUCUCCCUGCGCAGCGUCAAGCUACAUGGAAGCUCGGAGGCGCUUUACUUGGUGCGCACUUGUGCACAGAAACCCUCCGAGUGCGUACAGACUCCAUGGAUCAGGGCAAUUUGCAGCACUGUUGAGUUUGUGUGCAAAACCCUCCACGCACCCUCCAUCUUUGAUCAUGCAUCUUUGAGAGGGGGGGGGUUACCUUUUCCAGCAAGAGGAAGGGAAACGAUUGAUCACUUUCCUUUGGUGUUGGUUUUCUAUUUCUUUUCACAAGAUGAUGUUUUCGUCUGCAGGAAAGCGCUGCUUCACGAUAGAGUCUCUGGUGGCCAAAGAGAACCCUCUAACAGCCGAGGAUCCCAUCCGUCCGACGGCUUUAAGUUACUCUAACCCGACGACAGAUGCCUUAAUGAACGGUUACCAGGGUCCACCGGCCAGGUCCCUCUACCAGAGCCCGGACCUGGUGUUCCCAGAGACGGUAAACCACCCCUCCCUCACCGUGGCUCCACACCAGCUCGGAGGCUCCCACCUACAGCAUCCGCACUUCUUCGGGACGCAACACCGAGACCCGCUCAACUUCUACCCCUGGGUCCUACGGAACAGGUUUUUCGGACACAGAUUUCAAGGUAACGAUGUGUCCCAGGACAGCCUGCUCCUCCACGGUCCUUUUGCCAGGAAACCCAAGCGCAUCCGGACGGCCUUCUCUCCCUCGCAGCUCCUCCGUCUGGAGAGAGCCUUCGAGAAGAAUCACUAUGUGGUGGGAGCCGAGAGGAAGCAGCUCGCCAACAGCUUGAGUUUAUCUGAAACACAGGUGAAGGUGUGGUUCCAGAACAGGCGGACCAAGUACAAGCGGCAGAAGCUGGAGGAGGAGGGACCAGACAGCCAGCAGAAGAAGAAGGGAAACCACCACAUCAACAGAUGGCGCAUCGCCACCAAGCAGGCCAGCUCCGAGGACAUUGACGUGACCUCAGAGGACUAAAACCUCGGUCCAACCUCCGACAACGCUGCCCUAAAACCCGCGUCCCCUUCUGACGCAUCAGAGGACCAACACUAUUUAUUAUGUAAUAUUAUUAAGUAUAAUUAGACACAUUAGAGGAAGACGCACACGGACUAAAUAUGUGAUCACCACACAUCUCUUCAUCGAGGUGCUUUACUCAGUGACACUGGAAGAAAAAAAAAAAAAAAAAACAUCUUAUUUAAUGACAUCCAUCCUGAAUGACUCUUGAUGAGGAGACAUCCCUCCAUCGUUUAAUGAUCUUUGGUGUGUGACAACCAAAGAUGAAGAGAAACAACGUCAACCUCGAUCAUAGUGUUUGUUUUUUUGUUUUUUUAAAUUGUACAUAGGCCACUGUAUGAAAGGUUGUUUUUGAAAGAGGCUAUUUGUUUCAUUAAAGCUGUUUUUACCA